UUUGCCACGCACAUGCGCAGUUCGGUCUCUUUCGUGGUUGCCAUCUUUGGUUCGCAAACAUGCUUAUUCCGAAGAAGAAUCGAGUUGCUAUCUACGAGUACCUCUUCAAGGAGGGAGUCUGUGUGGCAAAGAAGGACUUUAACAACCCAAAACACAUGUGCAUUGAAAACGUGCCAAACCUUCAUGUCUGCAAAGCAAUGCAGUCCCUCAAGUCCAGAGGUUACGUGUCGGAGCAGUUUGCUUGGAAACAUUUCUACUGGUACCUCACCAAUGAAGGUAUUACAUAUUUGAGGGAUUACCUUCAUCUCCCCCCUGAAAUCGUCCCUGCCACGCUCAGACGACAAGUCUCUCGAGCCGAGACAGCAAGACCCCGACCCAAAGGUAUGGAUGGUGGACCACGUCAAGGUGGCCCAGAUUCUUCUGACCGUGACGCAUACAGGAGAGGCCCCCCAGGGGGUGACCCAAAGGGAGGUCCAGGCACGGACUUCAAACCUGAAUUUAGAGGAGGAUUUGGUCGUGGUCGUGGUGGUGGUGGUGGUGGAUUUGGUGCCCCACAGUAGAAUGAUUCAUCUGUGAAUAAGCUAAUAAAAUACUCUAAUCUUGAA